AUGCGCUUCUCCAGACGUACCGCGCAGGACAGAGGAGCCACAACAUCAGACGAUGUCCUCCAACUGGGCGACACGGCGUUGCCGCAAAAAGCAGAACUGUUGCUAGGAGCGAAGACGCGGUUAGGAAGAAGGGGAUCGCAGCAGCCGAAUAGCCGCGAAUACGGUGGGGAGGACGAGUACAAGACGGCGAGACCGCAGUUCCAGUUACCUGAUAUCCGGCAGGACUCGCAGUCUUUACUGGACGAGAUGUUGGAUCCCAGGGGCAGAUUGAACGUCUGGCCGAAUCUGGAGCAGGAUAAGAAGAGGCAAGAGGAUACACUGAGCAUGCGCGUCUACCAGCCUACCGGUCGGCCUAGCAUCAACCCUCGCACGACAAGCUCAGGUAGCGGUCAAGGACAUUAUGAUCGUUCGAAGGAACCUUUGUACGUUACGCAGCAGACUUCGGCCUCAGCUGUGCGCGAUAUGGGUUUGCGCAAGCCUCCGCCAAUGACCAUUCACGAAACCUCGAGCGACCCCAAUCUAGGCAGGAGACCUCUGAAGUCAGCAAUGAAGAAGCCAUCGUCGCCCGAAAGCACUCGCAAACCCACUGGAUCAUCCUUGAAGCUCAAGUCGAGCCCGAGCAAGAAGAUAAAGCGACUGGAUCUGUCUCAGCUCUUCCCGCCACCGAGGUCGAGCUCACGUAAUGCCUUGGCCGCUCCUAAUCUGAUGAUGCCGCGUGCUGGUUCAGACGUUACUGAUGACUCUGACUUCCCCUCUCCUGCAGACACAGUGCGCGUGGAACUUCGAAAGCCUGCACAAAAUGCCCGAUACGAAACGUUCAAGAGACCAGCACCCGCAGCUGCACCAGCUACACGACCCAAAGUAUUUGAGAAGGAUAUUUAUGACUCGGCUAAAGUCAAUGUGCGACGUCCACCCAAGGGUAUACAGAACUGGUUUGAUGGUUUCGAUAUCAGCUCAGAUGAAGAGGAACACGUCCCGGAGCAGAAAGUCCGGAUCCCUGGCAAGAGCGGCCAGAAACCCGUGCAAGAACCCGAGACACACAAUGUUGCAGUCGACUUCGGCAGCCCCUGGCAUAUCAAAUCAGAUCGUGAGCAGCCUCGUCUGGAUCGCAAGUUGUCUAAGGAUCCGGUCGAAGAUAACUUGCUCGCCAUCCAUCAUGCCAAGGAGCGGAUACAGGAGCGCAUGCGGCAGAUUGAUAUACGCAAGGGCAGCAUAGAUUCUGGCCAUGCCGAUGCCACUACCAUAGCAAGCGUCGUAUCGUCGGAGAUGCCGCGAAGGACAGGAGGAGAAAGCAGGCUUGCAAUGCUGGACCUUCCAUCGCAGAGCGCACUCUCGAUGUCGGACUCUGAUGAGGAGGAAAGUGCACCUCGUCCUGGACGAAUCGAUAUGGAGACUUUGAGUGCCAUGAGCAUUGCAGGCAGCACUAACCACAGCAAUUCAAGGCAACACUUGCAAAGACAACGUAGCUUCCCAGCCGAGAACGCUGGGCGAGCAAGCACGAGCACGGUGCAGACAAUGCAGACCUCGGGUUCGAUUCCGAUCAGACUCACAGCAUCCAUACCACUUCCUGCCAUGCCCACGGUGGCGCAGAGCCCGCCUCAAAUUCAAUCAAGGCGCAGCACUCAGACGAGUCUCGCCAGCCCAACAACUCAAGCUUUGCGACAAUUGACAGGCCAGGACCAGCUCACUCGUGCGCGACGCUCGACAAAGAUGUCGCAUCAGGACUUCGAGACGUUCAACAGUGGCGAAUCGGUCAGUAGUGCUCCCACUGAUGGUUCGCACUUGAUGGCUGUGAGUGAGGAAGAGAUGAUUUUGUUGGAAUUGAUGCGCAACAAGAGAGCCGCAAUGCAGAAGAACAGCUUCACGGAGGGCUAUCAGCUUGCGCUGAAGAGGGAACAGGAUGCUCUGCUCAGGAGACGUGAAAGUGCGCAGCAGACAGCGUUGAAGAUCCUGCAGCAGCGCGAGGAGAAGACGAGCAAGAGCCGACCUGGGAGCAAGAUUGUGAAUACAGUCCAUUCUGCAGAGCCGUGUGUGGACCAUGAGCUACGAAGGAAGCUCAGUGCUAUUAAGAAAGAGGAUGUAGACAAAGCAUUGAAGAUGAAUAAAUUCUUGGCCGAUGUCAGCAGUCCGACCGUCGACAACUUCCCGGAGCCGCCUAGUCGUGGACAGACACCCGCAAUGGAUAGCAAGCGGCCACCGCAGAAGUUCGAAUUGCUCAUGCCCAGUGUCUACAGUCCUACACCGAGCAAGGUGCUUGACGCGUACUCGCCCGUCUCUGCGGAAGAUUCGUCUCCUGCGCCAGAGUUCGAGGACAUUGAGGACCACCAUGAGAGCUUGAGACAGUUCUUGGCUUCAAGCAGUGCGUCGGAGAAUCUGUUUGGUAACGCCGGUGUCUUUCCUACUCCACCUUCCCGGAGUCGCAACCCUUCUCGACGCGAUUAUCGUGUUAGCGCCGUGUGGUCGCCUUCUCCUGUCGCUGAAGAGGAGGGAGUGGAGGAGGGAGUGGAGGAGGGUGAGCAGGACGCGGACGAUGCUUAUGCAUCUUCGCAUGACAAGAAAGAGCGGCGCAACUCUGUCCAUGGACGUCGACUCUCGCGCCAGUACGAUGUAGAUCUGGAAGCCGAGACAGAGCCCGGAGUGCCAUUAGCAAUGCGCCACAAAUCUGCCAUGCCUCACCCUUUGCGACAAGGCGGCCAGACAGCCCACUCACCCUAUCAUCUCCACCCGCACUUCGACUUCACACCCCUGGAGUUCUCACCAAGUCAGCUGACUGCCUCACCAGCGACGAGUAUAUCGCCUUGGACACCAGAGGCUAUGAACUUCCCUGCUCCUGCUUCUGAGAAGCCAACGAUCGAAGGGGCAUACAGUAGCGACAAUGCCAGCCUGCGCAACCGAGCGUACACCCCAGACACGGAUCUGACUUCACUCUCUGCUUCUGGUCAGACGAACACACCAGCUAGUAGUAGGAAGCAUGGGAUGUCGAGUAGAAAGGCACCGCCACGACUUGAUAAGAUUGUCGGGCAUGGCAUGCGAGGACCCGAGAGCGCGAGUAUCACUAGUGCGGGCGAGGACGUGCUUGCUGCUUGGGCUGAGCUGGGUGGUGGAACAGAGGCGCUUGUGAGUAGGAGACGAAUGCGCUGA